AUGGAAACCAAAGUCCUCUCCUCCGGAUUCAAAUACGAAAACUUGCCGGAAGGUUAUGUCAGACCAGAAUCCGAGCGACCUCGCUUGUCUGAAGUCUUCGAAUGCGAAAACAUUCCUGUAAUUAAUUUGGCCUCGGAGAAUAGAGCCGAAACUGUGCAGCAAGUUGGUGAUGCUUGCAAGUCUUAUGGCUUUUUUCAGGUUAUCAAUCAUGGUGUGUCUACGGAAGCAGUGGAAAAGAUGUUAGGGACGGCCACUGAGUUCUUUAGCCUUCCUGUGGAGGAAAAGAUGAAGUUGUAUUCAGAUGAUCCAUCAAAGACGAUGAGGCUUUCUACAAGUUUUAAUGUGAACAAGGAGAAGGUUCAUAACUGGAGAGACUAUCUCAGACUCCAUUGCUAUCCUCUGGACAAGUACGUUCCAGAGUGGCCCUCCAAUCCUUCUUCCUUCAAGGACAUUGUGAGUAAGUACUGUGAAGAAGUUCGAGAACUUGGGUUCAGAUUACAGGAGUUAAUAUCAGAGAGUUUAGGGCUGGAGAAGGAUUACAUAAAGAGUACGUUGGGUGAGCAAGGACAGCAUAUGGCCGUGAACUUUUACCCGCCAUGCCCACAGCCCGAGCUGACUUAUGGGCUGCCAGGACACACUGACCCAAAUGCCCUAACAAUUCUUCUCCAAGACCUUGGGGUUGCUGGCCUUCAAGUUCUCAAAGAUGGCAAAUGGGUUGCUGUCAAUCCCCACCCUAACGCUUUUGUCAUUAACCUUGGCGACCAAUUACAGGCCUUGAGUAAUGGGAUUUAUAAGAGUGUGUGGCACCGUGCCAUUACAAAUACUGACAGAGCAAGGCUAUCAGUGGCUUCAUUCCUCUGCCCACAAGAUAACGCACUGAUCAGCCCAGCAAAGGCUCUUACAGAUGAUGGGUCUGCAGCCAUUUAUAGGGGCUACACGUACACAGAGUAUUAUAAGACGUUUUGGACUAGGGACUUGAAUGAAGAGCAUUGUUUGGAGCUUUUCAAGACCGAUCAGUAG